AUGAAGAAGAUUAGAGAUGCGAAGCGACCGAGAACGAAGAAAAAAGUUAAAGCAUUUCUUGGCCUUAUUGGUUAUUACAGGGAGUUCAUUCCAAAUUACGCGGUGAAAGCGGUUCCAUUGUCAGACCUGACCAAGAAGGCACAACCAAACCAAGUCAUAUGGUCCGACGCACAAGAAAAGGCCUACAGCACACUGAAAACAGAGCUUACAAGUUCGCCGAUCCUCUGACUGCCUGAUAACACAAAACUAUUUACACUGAGAACUGAUGCAUCCAACACAGGACUCGGAGCGGUAUUAUUGCAGGAGCAUGAUGGUAAACUUUCACCAGUUAGUUAUGCUAGCAGGAAACUAACGGAAAGCGAGAAGAAGUACAGUACGAUCGAGAUAGAGUGCCUCGCGGUAGUUUGGGCUGUCCGAAAGUUCCUGAUAUUCCUUUAUGGAACAGAGUUUACAUUGCAAACCGACCUUCAGCCUUUGGUCUAUUUGAAGACAGUGAAGUUUCUCAACAACAAAGUUAUGAGAUGGGCGAUGUUCUUGCAAAACUAUGGUAUUAAGAUUGAAUCUAUUAAAGGAGUCGACAACGUUGGUGCCGACUACCUCAGUAGAGUUUGUUAG